AUGCUGGAGGUGGUGUUGAACGACCGGUUGGGGAAGAAAGUGAGAGUGAAGUGCAACGAAGACGACACCAUCGGCGAUCUCAAGAAGCUGGUGGCGGCACAGACCGGUACCCGAGCUGAGAAGAUCCGGAUCCAGAAGUGGUACAAUAUUUACAAAGACCAUAUCACUCUCAAGGAUUACGAGAUUCAUGAUGGCAUGGGCCUCGAGCUCUACUACAACUAA